AAUAAAGUCACUACAGAUCUUUUUCGCCUAGAAAAACUCAUAGAAAAUUUCCAACUUUUCUCUCUCUCUCUCUCUCUACAAUUUAAGCUGGGAAUCUGUGAUGGAGUGAUGGAGAGAAUGAGAGUUCCCUGAAAAGGAGUUGUUGCGGGGGCUAAAUUGCCUUAAACUACAGGGAAAGAAAACAAAUUUGUGAGAAGGAAAAUCAAGUUUGAGAGAGAGAGAGUUGUUGGUGGGAGUGAUCAAAUGAGUACAGUACCAAGCAGGUUCAUUAAGUGCGUGACAGUUGGAGAUGGAGCUGUUGGGAAGACUUGCCUUCUCAUCUCCUACACUAGCAACACCUUCCCAACUGACUAUGUUCCAACUGUUUUUGAUAAUUUCAGUGCCAAUGUUUUGGCUGAUGGGCAGACUAUUAAUCUGGGUCUCUGGGAUACUGCUGGUCAAGAAGACUAUAACAGGCUAAGGCCUUUGAGUUAUAGAGGAGCUGAUGUUUUCCUCCUUGCCUUCUCUCUUAUAAGUAGGCCUAGCUUUGAAAACAUAUCGAAAAAAUGGGUACCAGAGCUGAGACAUUAUGCCCCAUCAGUGCCCAUUGUUCUCGUGGGGACCAAACUAGAUUUGAGAGAAGAUAAGCAGUUCCACAUGGAUUAUCCAGGGGCGUGUACCAUUUCAACAGAACAGGGUGAAGAACUAAAGAAGCAAAUAGGAGCAUUGGCAUACAUAGAGUGCAGCUCCAAAACACAGCAGAACGUGAAGGCAGUGUUUGAUGCUGCAAUCAAGGUGGUUCUGCAGCCUCCGAAGCUCAGUAAACGAAAGCGAAAAAAGAGGGCAUGCCAUGUUCUUUAACAGGUGAUGCUGCUGCUGCUGAUGUUCUGUUGAUUGAUGACAAUGACUAGGGCCUCACAGUUCCAUGAUCAGAUCUUCUGUCGAUUUGUGUGUUUGUGAAUUUUCAUGAUUUUUUUUAUAUGAUCUCUAACAAGAUCGAUCCAUGUGGGAAUUGCAUCUUGUGAUCAUUUAUGUUUUGGAAAUUCCAAAAAUUAAAAAAAAAAAAAUGUUGUCGGUAGGCCAAGACAUUGUUUUAGGCCUUUCUGAAUCAGAUUUGUGAAUGUAUUUAUUUAUUAAGGAAAUUGUAUUGCCUUUCAUGUUUUGUU